AUGCCAACAGCGACGUCGACGGACCGCUUUGGGUCUCGCUCGCUGAGCCAAAUCGUCUUCCGCGUCGAGUCGGGCUGCAUGGAGUUUGCGACGUUCGCGUGCAACUUGGACGAUGCGUCGGACGCCGCUUCGCUCCGCAUCGGUGUUACGCGCGCCGAGUACGUGAGCCUGCACCCGUCGUCGUCGAUGAAGUUGUGCGACAGCCAAAACUCUACUUACCCGAUUCGCAUCGACCCCAAGUACAACAUUGCGUUUACUGUACCGGCAGGCAACUGGGCGACGCAGACGGUCGCAGACGACGCCAAGAGCUUCUUUCGCUACUCUGCGCCAGCGGUGACGACGCCGCCCGCGACAACGACCGCAACCCCCGCUGCGACAUCCGCCUCCUUUCUUUCGUCGCUCACCACGAGCGUCGUUGCGGGCCUUGGUGCAGUCUUCCUCGUUCUCUAGAGUAGCAAACCAGCAUUUCGUAAUCGAUUUCUUUCACUCAUGC